GUGAAGCAAUUAUUUAUAGUUGGCCGGAGCGCAGAGAGGACAGAGAGAAAAGGAGGGCAAGAGGAAGCCAGCGAGAGCCAGGCUUGGGCCAGCUUUGGGGGCGCUGGGAUCCGGCCGGACGCCGGCCCUGCCUGGGGUCACAGCAGAGAGGGGGAGGGGACGGACACCUGGGGUCCUAAUUCAAUCCACCCGACAUGGCCGGAUCCCCCCAGGCCGGACACGCUGUGAGUCUCACGUGGCAGCACCUCCUGCUGGCCCUGCUGGAAGCGUUGUGUCACAGCCAUGUCUCUGGGUCCUGGACAUCCUCGCUCCCUGGGACCAUCCGGGCUCUGAAGGGUUCCUGUGUGGUCAUCCCCUGCUCGUUCACCUACCCCGGCUCCCGCGAGUCCCUGGGCGGUCCAUUCAACGUGGUCUGGUACCAGUACCGGAGCAGGGGCUACCCCGAGAUCUAUAACAGCAAGGGCACGGCCAGCGUGCUGGCCGAGUACCAGGCCCGGACACAGCUGCUGGGGGAUCCGGAGAUGAAGAACUGCACCCUGAGCAUAAACCCCGUGCGGAGCGAGGACGCCAUGAGCUACUAUGUCUGGAUCAACCCCGACUCUGUCAGGCAUCGCUUCUACGACAUCACAGUCCGGGUGGAGGUGGCAGACCCCCCGGAGCUGCUGCCACAGGGGAACUGCACGGUGUGGGGCAGCGGGCCCGGAGGAACGGCCACGUGUCACUGCACGGCCGAGGGGAACCCACCACCCCGCCUCGAGUGGCGCCUGCCCAACCGCACCCUCCCGGGGGACUUCGAGGGCCCUGAGCUGCGAGCGACCUCGGGGGCGCGGGGCCCGGCCGUGAGUGGGGAACUGCGGGGCCCGGCCCGGGCCCUGGCCAACGUGUCCUGCGCUGCCACCAACGCCCAUGGACAGAGCCAGGCCACACUGCCCUUUGUGCCCGCAGGUACUGGGGACCGGAAAGAGGAAGAAGAGGGUCCCUCGAUCUAUGACAACGAAGGCAACGGGGAGCAGAGGCCGUCCCUCAAGGGGGGGAAGGCGAGCAAGGCGAAGAAGGAUGAGCAGUUCAACCUAUACAGCAAGGCAAAGGCGGGGGGAGAGGAGCUGGGCAUUGAUGACUACGAGGCCAUGGAGCGAGUGGAAGACUAUGAGAAUUUAGCAGCAGAAGGAGCCGGACAUUAUGGGAACGUUGGCACUUGGCAGCCGCAUUUGCUGUCUGAGCAGAUCUACUCCAACGUCUAACCCUAGAGCGGGAGCGGACGGGCCGGAAAUGCUUCUAAAUAUCUCUUCUAUUU